UUACUUAACCCCUCUGGGGUCUGGUUUUCAUCAUUUGGAAACCGUGGCAGGUGACAAAUGAGAACACUGUCACUGUCUUACUCUGAAUGCUGCCAUGUAGUAAGUCAUCUUAAACAGAGCCCAGAGUAUUUCUCCACUCUGACUCCCCUCUCCCCACACGAGCUUUGUCAACUACUUUCUCUCACACCUGUCCUCAACUGCCAGAAUUUUCUCAGGACUGAAGGCUGCUGAUGGUACAUCGUCCUGCCUUCCAGUCCUGCAGCAGGUGAUGAUGUUGCUGCUCCUCUUCCUCUUUUCCUUCUUUUUUCCUUAUUUCUUUUCUCUGCCAAGGUUAAGGAAUUUGGAAAUUAGUAGAAAUGAACAGGACUGCUUAAUUUGCCAAUGGGAUUAAAUCCCUGGAAAUACUCAUUAAUUACAGUUUACUAUUCUAUUUAACAAAAGAUGAAAGGGGGGAUCCUUGUUUGCUUUGUGUUUAAAAAUAAAACAAAAUAAUCUUCAGUGUUAGCUGGGGACAUAGCUCAGUGAUUACCAAAGAAGCACAAGGGCUCAGUCCUCAGUACUGCUGAACACCAAGAGCUCCCCAGAUGAUGGCACUGUUUACUAGGGCUUCUGCUUUUACAUCGCUUUGCCAAUGCUGUGUCAUGUAAGAAGUUUUGGUCCUGUUACAACUGGUUAUUUCCUCAUGAUCUGGAAGUGGUCGGUUUUUCUGACUAUCAUAUGGGUAAUGGGAAAAGGCACAGAUCUGUCCUGAAGAAUGAAACGGAUUUAUAAAUCCAAACGGUGACAUCACUUUGACCAAUCCUAUUUUUCACACCCUUCCUGAUUUUAUUUUGUGUAACCUUUUUGUGUCAAAAUAUGUGGUUCUUUUCAGUGUCUAAAUAUGGCCAGGUUUCUAGCUGCCCACAUUUGUCGGUCCCUACUCUUGAGAACAUUGUUACUGGAAGGGCUCAGCUGCAGUGCGGUGAACUGUUCUAACCCUGCUCAGUGUCAAGCACCCAUUCAACUGUAAACCAGCAACCAGAAUGUCAGGGUUUAGUACCUACUCAGCCCUGUCCACAUUGUAUCAUCUAGCAUGAAAGUUAUCCCACCUUGUCUGCAUUGGAGCUUUCCAUAGCUACGUAGUUGCAAUGACAGUGAGCAUCUUGCAUACUUUGUCAACUCAGGAAGUUACUACCAGUGAAACCCUAAGAACAAAGGCUGGACAUGACAAACACUCAGAGAAAAGCAGAUAUUUUCAAAAGACACUUCAUGAUAGAAAAUGCUUUUGAGGGUGGUGGCAUGCUAUUGUCUGUCACUCUCAGCCUCUGUGGUCGCUGGGCACUGCCUUUGUUUUCUUUUUCUUUUUCUAAAGAUUUUAUUGAUUUAUUUUAUGUAUACGAGUGCUCUAUCUGAAUGUAUGCCUUUAUGCCAGAAGAGGGCACCAGAUGUCAUUAUAGAUGGCUGUGAGCCACCAUGUGGUUUCUGGGAAUCGAACUCAGGACCACUGGAAGAGCAGUCAGGGCUCUUAACCACUGAGCCAUCUCUCCAGCCCUGUUUUCUAUAGACCGCUAAGGGAUGCUGGAGGACUAGGAUAGCUACCUUCAAGUACAAGUUCCAGCAAGAGCAACUCCCCAUACUCUGAGCAGCCUCUGCCUCUGUCUCCUCAGCCUGCAUCUUUCCCCAGGAUGUUAUUAACUAUGCAAAGACCGUUGAGGAGGUUCUUUUCAAGCACUUCAUUCAGACAAAGGUGGACAUCGCCUAUGCCAUCAAGAAGCCUUUCCCUUUCUUUGAAGCCCUCCAAGACCACCACUUCAUCACUGAAGAAAUGUACAAGGAUUCUCAGGAAGCCUGUGAUAAUCUGCUCCCUGUACCCAGAGUGGUGUACAACGUUCUCAAGGGUCUGAAGCAGACUUUCCACCCUUCACUGCUACUGACAUUGUUCAGUCAAGUCAACCUAAGCGAAUACCCCAGCCUAGGAGCAGUUUUCAGAAGCUUCGAAAAUGGAAUGUCCAAGGAUGACACUUUAGAUUUUCUCUUUCCUACACUUCUUGUGACCUGUGGGAAGGCCAAAGGAAUUUUGUUCAAGCAGAAAAUGAGGCAAGGAUCCUCAGUAAAAUGCAUUCAAAAUCUAUCAGGUGAUUGGCUCACUCCAAAGAAAUUUUUAAGGGAAGGGAAAAGGUCCAAGUCAAAAGACUGGGAGAGGGAUAUACAGUGCAAGCAGAAGACAAUGAGAUUCCUGGAGCAGAACGGACUUCUCUGAACCUCCAAUAGGAACUUCAAGAAGAGCAUGACUAGCAGAUGAAAUCCCGAUACAUGCUCAGCUGCUGUGUCACAUACCGAGGCCUCUGAUCUUUGCCUUCAAGCUCCCUCAUGUUCCUGCUCUGAGGCCCUUCCUGUUCGGGCAAGUCAACCCAUCACAGCUGGUCCAGCACUGGGGUACCAGCUCACAAUGCUGUACACAUUGUUCACAGGUGAUUUGCAAUGGAAAAGUACAUGCAUCUUGGAAAUUAUAGACAAAGCUGCUGGUGUCUGUGUGCCUUAGAAAAUGAUGUUGAUAUUAGGAUGAGUAUAAACUAAAGGUGCAGAAAUAGAAGGAUUUAAUGCAAGGAGCAAAUAUGCUCAAUGCUACACACUUAUUGCUUGUAGCACCCAUGUCAAGUGCAGUGCUUCAAAUGAGCUUUGUCUGCAGUGCCUCCCUCCCACUCCAGGGCAAAUGAUAAUCACCUGUCAGCUGCACCAACUGUCUCCAGGUUAGAGUUCUUCACUUUGGUGUUAUCUGCGAGCUCCUUUCAGAUGAGACCUUACAGAGGCGAUGCUUUUUCUCCUUCUAGCCCAGGAUACUGGCCUGACCCUUGGCUAAUUUCAUUUAAAGUUUAAAGCAAAGGUACCCAGUGCCACUUAUAACAGAAACCGUACUUCUUCCAUGCUGAUUGAAAGACACUGGGGGCUGGAGAGAUGGUAAAGAAGACUGGCUACUCUUACAGAGGUCCUGAGUUCAAUUCCAGCAACACCAUGGUGGCUCACAACCAUCUGUAAUAAGAUCUGGUGUACUCUUCUGUACUGCAGGAUACAUUCAG